AUGGCUCGUCUAACUUUUCUCCAGAAGGUACUCCGAAGACCUUCCCAGAAACUACAGGCUCAAGCUGCACACCAUCAACUUCAAAAGCCCCUCAACGUCAAGAGCAGCCUCACCAGGGAUUUUUACUCGACUAAGGGCAAGUUGCUUCAUAAAUCAUGUGCAUUUAAACAGAACGGCCGGGUUGUCCUUACCGCUGCGACAGCACUGAACUUUGGAAGACAGGCUUCCGGUGUUUCUAUCGCCGCUGACGUCCAUAGCAGGAAGCUACAGGCGCCACGACAAGAAACAAUUUGGGAGUCCCACGCUUCUGCAGAUCAAUCUAUAGAUCCCUCUCAACACGACUCUGAAGAGGUGUUCUACACCUCUCCCAGUUCACCUAUAUCUUCCCCUCCAGCUCACUUCCCAUAUUCGACACCUUUUCACUUUGCUGCAUCGUCUACCGCCACUUUAGGGUUUGAUAAUCCCCAGUUCAUAUCUGUGUCAACAACAUCCUUGAUUGAAUCUUCUCUGAGUACCACAGUCACCAUGAUUCCCAUCAAGAACGAGCCGGGCUGUCAUAAACGUAUUCCCAACCACUGGCUUGAGGUUGUCGGAUUGGAGGAAUUUGACCUCGGUGACCUAAUACUUACUUCCUCAAGCUCUGCGUUCCGUUGCCGUUGCCGAUCCCGCUGA